AUGGCAGCAGAAGCCGUCUCCGCGGCUCCUGUUCACAAACGCCGCAGAGCUCUGAGGAAACGUAUACGAGCGCAAUCUCCCAUAUCAGGUCGUUUACUGCUCGACAAUCAUCUCCGUGGAGAUGUCGCCGUGUUGUCUGACGACCUUGUUACGGAUUUGUUUCCCGACGUCAAUUUGACAGAAGCUGGACUAAACAAAGAUCCAAAUCAAGUGACUCUAUACAUUGCAAUUUCUCCAUACACACCACAAUACCUCUCUAUAGACGAUGUCCCAUGGACUAUUAUACCAGCCCGAGUACAACCCACCGAGCGGUCGCAAGUCGCUCCAAUUUCGCAUUCCACCGUGCUCUUCCCGGCCUCGGCAAACUAUCUGCAGUCAUUCUUCCAGACCUUGGGUAAGCUCGAUCCUACACGCCAUAUCAUACAAUCGUCACGACCGUUGGAAAUACGAGUGCUAGAUGUCUCUCCACUUCAUCUUGAAACUAUCUACGUUAGGGUGGAGAGAAAUCUAUUGCGAAACCUGGAUGACGUGCAAAGCAGGUUUGGUGGAGGUUUCAAUGUCCAGGCACAAGGGAACAAUGGAUCAUGGCCCCGAGGUGGCAAGACAAUGGAGGUCAAGCGGUAUACGAAGAAAGCGGCCGCUGAAGCCGAAGAACGACUGACCGCUGCAGUGCGCGAGGCUCUAUCAAACCAGAAGGUUGUCCAUGUCGGAGACAUCCUGCCACUGCCAUUACCUGCGCAUCCAAUCACUCAUGUUCCCCCUCCUCCGGCAAAAAUUACUUUCUGCGAACCGGUUGCGCAGGGUUUAUUACUACCUUCAACGAAGAUUGUACUCGUGCAAUCUCGUCCUCAUGGUGCUCGCCCUAAUAAGGGAUACACACUGACAGGACCAAAUUUGCUGAAAGGCGCGGUAGAAGAAGAGGCAGAUGAUACUUCAAACGAGCAAUUUUAUUCAGCAGCUGAAGAUCGCGCUCUAGAAAGUAGCACGGAAAUGGAAAGCACCACUCCACCGGAUGACUCUGAGACAGACCUGUCUGCGGCCAGCGAUCAUGAUUCUUCAGAUGACUCUCUCGACGAUAUGAUUUCAUUAACGGCUCCUCAGCUACCGCAACAGCCCUCAGGUGUUAUGUCGGCUAUGUCUUCUAUAACUCCGCGCCCUGGUGGUCGCCGCAUGGAUGGUACAAACACACCAGGCUCAGUUAUAUCAACCUUUACGUCUGGCACUGCCCGACCUGGGCGCAUGGGGGGUAAAACGUUCAAAGCUGAAGGUCUUUUGAACCGAGUUCUAGUAGACUUGUUACAUCCAAAACCUAAGGAGGAUGAUGAUACAGACGCAUUUGUCUAUGUUGACGUGAAUACACUGGUCAAAGUCGGCUGUUUUUCUGGUGACUGGGUUCGCAUUGAGGGCACGGAGGAGCCAUCAACAAACCCUUUCGCGUCUUUGGCAAUUGGAAGCUUGAGCCUGGGCGAGGAAGAUUCUGGCAAUUGGCGAGCUGUUCGUGUAUACGGAAUAGCCGGCUUACCAUCACCAAAACCGCGGUACGCAGUUGGUGGAUCUUCAGAUCGACGAUCGAGUAUUUCCCAGCUACCAGGGCAGCGACUGACGCCGUCAGUUUUCGUGCCACCCAUACUUCUCAGCAAUCUCGACAACCCAAAAUAUGUGAAACUUUCCCCUCUACCGUUUGCAUCAACUCAUGGCUCCGCUCGACCAGGCGUGCACCAACCUUCCAAGGCAGGCUCUAACAAAUCCCCACCGGUUGCUAAGGAAGUCACUCUCUUGAAAAUUUCUACUCCAUUAUCCACUGACCGAGCGAUUCAGCCAGCACUAUUUGCUGGACUGCGCCGCUAUUUCGAGUCCAAGAGACGACUUGUCAAGAGCGGUGACCUUGUCGGAAUCAGCGUAGAUGAAGGAUUGGGUAGAGUUGUUUACUCCGCGGCGAAAACCUCCGAAGGCGGGAAUGCUGAGGAUGACUUGACAUCGAAGCUUGGUUUUGUUCCUGAAACGGCCCCCGAGGAGAGUGGUGCGUCGCGCAAAGUUGGUGUUGCUUGGUUCAAAGUUGGACAAGUGAUCGCACCGCCUCCUGAAGAACAAGAUGGAGAGGAUCAAUGGGGCGGUGUGGCGCUAAUAGAUUCAUCGAGUACACGAAUGGCACAGGCUGGUAGCCUAAUUAGCAGAGUGCCAGGGACCUUGAAAAGUGGAUGGGAAUACUGGCAGGGAGUUAAACGUCUGCCUAGAGCAUAUAGUGAUGUGCCUCAAUCGCAUGGUAUAAUCACAGAGCUACCGAAAUUCUUUACAUCUCCAAUUCAAAACAGAGUCAGAGAGUUGAUUACUGCUGCGACGAGUCCUCGCGCUGUGCAGCUGGGGAUGCCCCCAGUUGUUAUUUUGCUGACAUCAACUCAAAGACAUAUUGGAAAGACAACGUUGGCUACGCGCGCAUGCGCGGAGAUUGGCCUCCAUGCAUUUACUUUGGAUGCGUACGACAUACUUACUGAAGGCGGAGCCAACGGCGGCGACGUCAAAACCGAGGCGUAUAUGAAAGCACGGGCGGACAGAGCGUUUGCUUGUGGUCCCAACUCUACAGCUUUGAUUAUCCAACACAUUGACGUGCUUACGGCCGACAGAAUCGUAACGGCUAUGAAGGAGAUUGUUGCAGAAUCCCGUGUGAUCAUUGCAACUACGACUGAUGUGGAUAAAAUACCUGAAGGAAUCAGGAGUCUUUUCACGCACGAACUGGAAAUGACUGCGCCUGAAGAGAAGGAGCGAGAAGGUAUAUUGCAUAAUGCAGUUAUUGAUCUUAGUAUUAAGAUCGCCCCAGAUGUCGACCUUGCAGCUGUUGCUGUAAAGACGGCUGCGCUUGUGGCUGGUGACUUGGUGGAUGUUGUUGAACGCGCGUCUCUCGCAAAGCUUGAUCGUCUCGAAAAACUCACUCGAGUGGCGAAUGGUGCAGUGACUCUGCGCGACGUACAGUUGGCUGGUGGCGAUGCUGCACGAUGCGUGACCAAAGCCGAUUUCGAUCUGGCUGUCGACGCAGCAAGAAAGAAUUUUGCAGACUCAAUUGGAGCGCCUAAGAUUCCCAACGUUACUUGGGAUGACGUUGGUGGUCUUAGCAAUGUCAAAGAUGCUGUCAUGGAAACCAUACAACUCCCUCUUGAACGGCCAGAAUUGUUUGCCAAGGGUAUGAAGAAGCGAAGCGGAAUAUUGUUCUACGGACCUCCUGGAACUGGCAAAACUCUGCUUGCCAAGGCUAUUGCAACCGAGUUCUCAUUGAAUUUCUUCUCUGUCAAAGGACCAGAAUUGCUUAAUAUGUACAUUGGUGAAUCCGAGGCGAAUGUCCGAAGAGUGUUUCAGCGAGCUCGUGAUGCACGCCCCUGUGUGGUGUUCUUUGACGAGUUGGAUUCGGUGGCACCUAAAAGAGGAAACCAAGGUGACAGCGGUGGUGUUAUGGACCGAAUUGUUAGUCAGCUUCUUGCAGAGUUGGAUGGCAUGAGUGGCGGGGAUGAAAAUGGCGGUGGUGUCUUUGUUAUUGGAGCUACCAAUCGGCCGGAUCUACUAGAUGCUGCUUUAUUACGUCCUGGUCGAUUCGACAAGAUGAUUUAUUUGGGUAUCUCGGAUACGCAUGAUAAACAGACGAAAAUUUUGGAGGCUUUGACCCGGAAGUUUGCUCUUCAUCCCGACGUUUCUCUCUCGCGCGUUGCGCAGCGGUUACCAUUUACGUAUACAGGCGCCGACUUGUACGCCCUCUGCUCUGAUGCAAUGCUCAAGGCCAUUACCCGGCAAGCAACUGCUGUUGACGAGAAGAUUAAGGCAUUGCCUGGUGGACCAGUUAGUACUGCAUAUUAUUUCGACCAUCUUGCUACACCGGAGGAUAUAGCUGUUAUGGUGACGGAAGACGACUUUGUGAAUGCUCAGAAUGAGCUUGUCGCUAGUGUUAGUGCCAAGGAACUCGAGCAUUUCGAGCGUAUCCGUCAAUCAUUCGAAUCGUCUACUACAAAAGAGGCGGAGUCAUCACAACCUCGCACGAUCGCUGACGCGAUUGAGGGUCUUAGCCCUGGAGGUGAGAUUGUCGCAAAUGGCGACAGCAAUCAUGCUCACAGGGGUAUGAAUAGACAACCAAGCAACAAUAUCAAGGGCAAGAGUGGUCGCAUAGUAUCAGGCAGCGGCAAGGGGAAGAGCAAGCCAAUUAUCAACGGAGGAGACUCCGAUUCCUCUUUCGAUGGAUACCAGCCUAGCCUACGAAGUGAAAGCACACAGUCGCAAAAUUACGAUCUUGGCGAAGAGGCAGAUGUGGACGGCAUGGAAGACGGAGAUGCGGAUGAUUAUAUCGUGAAGACAGAUCAUUUGCCGUCUCAAAUUGACGAUGUGGAUUGAUACCAUUGCGUUAGAAUCCUUGCAUAUAUGUAGUAUAUAGUCAUACAUAUCAAUUCUCUUAU